AUGGAGGAGUCGCAAGUAUUUACACUGCUCUUGCUCUUUGCUUCUUGCUGGGCAACCGAGAUAGAUUUAACUGUUGAGAUUUCACCGGGAAAACAGGAGUGCUUUUGGCAGACUUUCCCUGCGGCCACCAGUGUGGAAGUGGACUACCAGGUGAUUGAUGGUGGUGACCUGGAUAUAGACAUGAUGGUGGCUGGGCCAGACAACAGGAUUUAUCACACAGAGCAGAGAAAGACAGAGAAUGUUGUUGGGUUCAAGACCACGUCCGAAGGAGAUUACCGAGUCUGUUUUGACAACACUUUCAGUAGGAUAUCCAGUAAGAUUGUUUACUUUGAAAUAUUUGCUGAGGAUGGGAAAGACGAUGAUGGGGCUGAUGAUGAUAAUGAUAAUCUUACCUUUGAGGGAGAGAACAUUCAGGGUCAGCUCGACAUGACAGUUCAGGAAUUUGUGGGCAUACUGGAGAGGGCGAAGAAGAAUCUGGAAAACUCUGUCCAGGUGCAGACAUUAAUAAGGGUGCACGAAGCCAAGGAUCGCAAUGUUCAAGAGGCCAACUUCUUCCUAGUCAACCUGUUCUCAUCUUUACAACUGGCGUUGAUGAUUACAGUGGGGCUGGUUCAGGUUUUUAUGAUCCGCAGUUUGUUUCUGACCAAACAGCCCAUUAGUGGUGCUUCUCUCAAGGCUAGAACAUAG